GUGAGCUUCGUUCAUAGCGUUGAGAACCAGAAUCGUUUCAUCUUCCAUUUCCGGCGCAUGCCGUAGAUAGAUCCAAAGUGCUGCUCUGUAAUUGAACUUUAUUGGCGUAUAGAUUCUCAUUCACAAUCUCAGCAACACUUGUUUUUUCUUCUCUCCGUUCAGAAACCCUAAUUACCAGAAGAUGUCGGGUGGUUUCUUUCGAGGUACAUCUGCUGACCAAGACACUCGGUUUUCGAAUAAGCAAGCGAAGCUGCUGAAAUCGCAGAAGUUUGCGCCGGAAUUGGACCAUCUGGUGAACAUGACGAAGGUGAAUAUGGAAGUAAUAAAGCCGUGGAUUACGAGAAGGGUAACUGAGCUUCUUGGGUUCGAAGAUGAAGUGCUUAUUAACUUCAUACAUGGUCUUCUGGAUGCAAAGGAAGUCAAUGGGAAAGAAGUUCAGAUACAAAUUACUGGUUUUAUGGAAAAGAACACUGGAAAGUUCAUGAAAGAGCUUUGGACAUUGCUUCUCAGUGCACAAAAAAAUGCCAGCGGUGUUCCUCAGCAGUUCUUGGAUGCAAAAGAAGAAGAAAUCAGGCAGAAGAAGAUUGAAAAUGAUAGGAUAACAAGCGAAAUUCAGAGGAAAAAAGAUACGGAAGAUAGGGAGGACAUGCAAGAGAGGUCGAAGAAAUUGGACGGUGGAUUUGAUGCGAAGAAUACUGAUACCACUUCAGACCCAACCUUGAAGUUGAGGGAUUCAGAAGACUACAUUCAGGAUGGGAAAGCAACUGACAAGAGAAAUGGUGUGAGAGCAAAGAGCAGGUUUUCUAGGUCCCCUUACUCACCUGCAGUCUCAACUUCACCUCAUCGAGGCUCACCUUCAAGGUCGUUGAGUAAAUCAUUUUCAAAUUCCAGAAGUUAUUCAGGUGGUAGACACAGGUCAAGGAGUAUAUCUGUGUCACCAGAAGCUCGAGGACGCUCUCUUUCUCCUAAAAGGAUUCGUCGUUCUCCACAAAGACAAUCUAUUUCUCCUCCUCGCAGGCAUUCACCAUGGCGGUCUCCUCCUCGCUGGGGAUUAUCUUAUUCAAGGCAAAGAUCUAGAUCUCGUUCAAAGUACAGAUCACCAUCUCCUGUGCGACGUCGAGUGUAUUCUCCAUUUCACCGCAGUUCACCUUCUUUUCGCCGACGCAGAACACCCUCUCCUGUAAGAAGACGAAGAUUGCCUUCUCCAAUGCGUCAUCAUAGAUCACCAUCACCUGCAAGACGGCGAAGGUCACCCUCCCCUUGGAGACGAAGAUCUCCGGUCAUGCGGCGCAGGUCACCUUCACCUGUGCGCCGAGGGCCUCCAAUACAUGCAAGACGUAGAUCACGCUCCCCCCUGCAAUCCCCCUCUCCUGUACAGCGAAGGUAUGGGAGUAGAACUCCUCGACGCAGGUCUCCAUCUCCUUCACAGCAUAGAUCACCUGUUUCUGGAAAUAAAAUAUUGUCAAGUCCCUCCCCACGUAGGUCUCCUUCUCCAGAUGAAUGGAGUUCUCAAUCCCCCCAAAGGCGUGUAUCUCCAUCUCCAGUUAGGAGAAAUUCUCCAAGACACCAAAGAACUCCUCUGCAGUCUUCUAGGGGGAGAGUCAGAACACAAGAAAGAUUGUCACCUAAGGCUCAUCAACCUGCUAGCCCUCUGCGAUCUGUACAGAGAGAUAAGAAUUGGAACUCUUCAAAAUCCAUGCCUGAGAAGUCUCCACUUCAGUCAGUAUCUCCUCAUCCACGAAAUAGGACUGGCAGUGAAGAUAGAAGUGCACAUGAGAGCCCUCAGAAGCAAAGAGGAGAGAAGUUGACCAAUGAAAGAAGCUUGAGUCGACCUGAGAAACCAGGAACACAAAAACUUGGUCAGUACAGCACUGAGACAAUUGAAGGAGCAGAAGAAACAUACUUUUCUAGAGAGAUCAGGGAUCCUAAAUCAAAGUUAUCACAAAAGAAAUCAAAAUAUUCAUCCCCUGUUAGUAAGAGAAAUGGUUCACCUGGAAAGUUUCAUCACAAAGAAGAAUUCUCUUCUGAAAGGGCAGCUGGUCAUCUGGCUUCUGAAUAUCGUGGUUAUGAUGAUAACAUUGAUUUGAGCAAGAAAGAUCGGGAGAUAAAAAGUUAUAAAUCUUCUGGAAAGGUGGAUGAAACUCCAGCUCAACAGAAGUCGCCGGUGAAUAAAGAAUCUUUUUCCUGUGAGAAGGCUCAUGAAUCAUGUGUUGUUGAUAUUAAAAAAUCUGAUGACAAGGAUCAUUCCCAUUCAAACCAUGGCAAGGAUAGUGAUCAUCACCGCAAAUCAGACACAACUCGAAGUUUGGUUGGAAAAGUUGAUUGUGUCAAUCAGAGUGUUUCAAAUGAUUCUAGUUCUGAGGAAAUUGGCAAGCAUAAAAGAGAAGGAAAGGAUAGGAGAAAGCAUAAAAGAUCUGAGAGAAAAUUCGUGACUUCGGAUGAAGAUUAUAGUCAUGAUUCUGAGUUAGAGGACAGGAAAGAAGCCAAGAGGAGGAAGAAGGAGGAGAGGAAGUUGCGGAAGGAGGAAAAGCGUAGAAGACGUGAAGAGAGACGACGCAGAAGGGAAGAACGGCAUGCAGAGAAGCUGAAAAUGAAGAGCAAAACAGAUGAUUGUAUUUCAGACGUCGAGGAAACUGAAAGAGCUGGUUCUCAUCGAAGUGAUAAUGAAGAGACAGGAUUUGAGCAAAAGAAGCUUGAGAUUGAGUUACGGAAUAAGGCACUUGAAUCCCUUAAAGCAAAGAGGGGCAUGAAUCACUAAUUAUGACUCAUUUCAGUUUUAAGUUGUUUUAUCUUUAAAUCAUUGUCGGCAAAUAUCUAUUCAGCUUCUUUUGGAAACUUAAGCUUUAUUUAUGCAGACAUUGCCCCUCUAUUUACUGGUAAUUUUUGUCUUCCCUUAAUUGGGAGUUCCCCUUUUUUGGGUGGUGUAUUUGGGGUCUUUUUUUAUAAUUUUUUAGCUUAUCUUGCUUUUGUUGUAGUUUAUGCUUUUGUUUGUUUGUUUGUUGGCUGGUUGGUUGGUUUUUUCUCUCCUUGUCUUGGUACCCACUAACUUUGAUGUGGUUGGUGGUAGUA